AUGGCUCUUGAUGCACGGUUGAUGCCAUCUGGAACUCCUGACCGCCAGGUUCAUUCUUCCGCCUCGACGCCAUCGCUUCGCUCUAGAGAUGGGAAUGUACCUCUGCUGUCCAGGAUGGAAGGAGGAGGAAAUGUAAGGGUCGUUGUCCGCGUGAGGGCCUUUUUGAAAAGAGAGCUCGAUCGACAGGCACGGUGCUUGAUUCAAAUGGACCCCAUUACACAACUCACCACCUUGCGUGCUCCAGAUCAAGACACAUUCGAUAGCCCGAUACUCAAGUCGCGAAAAGUCAUUGAGGACAAGAAAUUCACCUUUGACAACUCCUUUUGGAGCCACAAUAUCAAGGAUCCUCACUACGCCCACCAAGAAGAUGUAUACAACAGUCUGGGCGAAGAGUUCCUCGACCACAAUUUUGAGGGAUAUCAUACUUGCAUUUUUGCCUACGGCCAGACAGGGUCGGGAAAGAGUUAUACAAUGAUGGGAACUCCUGACCAACCAGGCCUCAUUCCACGGACUUGCGAGGACCUGUUUGAGCGUAUCGACGCUGCCCACAACGAAAACUCCAACAUUGCCUACAACGUCCGGGUUUCGUAUUUUGAAGUCUACAACGAACACGUCCGUGACUUGCUGGUCCCCGUAAACCCCAACGCUCCUCCCCACUACCUCAAAAUCCGGGAAUCGCCAACGGAGGGACCGUACGUAAAGGAUCUGACCGAGGUUCCGGUACGGAGCAUUAACGAGAUUCUGCGAUACAUGAAGAAUGGCGACCAAUCUCGAACAACGGCAAGCACAAAAAUGAACGAUACCAGCAGUCGAAGUCACGCCGUUUUCACAAUUAUGCUGAAGCAGAUUCAUCACGAUAUGGAGACGGAUGAGACAACGGAGCGAAGCUCUCGGAUUCGAUUGGUUGAUUUGGCGGGAAGUGAGAGGGCAAAGUCAACAGAGGCCACCGGCGCUCGACUCCGUGAGGGCAGCAACAUCAACAAGUCGCUCACGACACUUGGCCGGGUGAUUGCUGCUCUAGCCGACCCCAAGGCUCUGCGAUCUGGCAAGCGGAAGGAUAUCGUGCCAUACCGAGACUCCAUCCUUACAUGGCUGUUGAAGGAUUCACUUGGCGGCAACAGCAAAACAGCAAUGAUUGCUUGCAUAGCGCCGUCCGACUACGAUGAGACGCUCUCGACCCUCCGAUAUGCUGACCAGGCCAAGCGCAUCCGCACACGUGCUGUGGUCAAUCAAGACCACAUCUCCACCGCGGAGAGGGAUGCUCAGAUUGCCGCCAUGGCAGAGGAAAUCCGAAAACUGCAAUUGUCAGUGUCGGAUUCACGGCAGCGAGAGAAGAAUGCCAAGGAAGCCGAAGAGAGGCUUGAAGAAUACCAGACCCGCGUGACGACUAUGCAGCGCAUGAUGGAAGAACGCAGCAUGGUGGCCGAGAGCAAAAUCAAGAAACUGCAGACAGAAAAUGAGGCCUUGAAGCUGCACCUCAAGCUGGCCAUUGAGAGCCUCAAGAACCCUAUUCCCGCAGUCAGCAUCAAGCCCCAGCCAGCGGGAGAGGCGGAAAGAGAGAAUUUGGACGAGUUCUCGGACGAGGACGACGAGGACGGAGACGAUCACUACUACGAUGAUGGAUAUGACACAGAAAGCACUGCAGGUGUAGAUGAUUUGCAAGAGGAGAUGCAUCGGUACUUGCAGGAUAUGGGAAAUCUGAGAAAGCUGAUUGGGGGGGACUUGUCGCGAUUCAAGAACGAGGAGAGUGUGAGAAUGCCGCUAGGAGUUAGGGAGAAUGUGUGA